AUGCGCCUGCCAGCCACUGCGUCUGGACGAGCCAGUCUUUCUCACUUCGCCCAGCUCAUCAUCGUAGCAUGUCUUUGUGCCUCGUUGCUCAAUGCUAGCCCACUGCCAACGCCAUCAACCCCAUUAACACUAUCCACCCAAACAUCUUAUCCUCAGUCCUUCUCCCACUUCGCCAAGAGGAACAUCGUCAAUCUUGAAGAGGAAACCAACGCUGUCAUCACAGCAGGACACUCUGCCGCCGAAACCCUCAAUCCGACAAGGGGCAGCGCUAGCGCAGCAGACAAAGUCCCGGCCACCACUGAUUCCCCCACGUUGGGCAGGUCCACCUCUCUCCCCAACCCCUCCUCACACAAUUGGCCCAAUGUCGCACUCAAGACUAACGCAGCACCGGAAGUGAAGGGCACCACUGCUUCUCCGACGUUGGCCAGUACCGGAUCCGCCUCCCAAACUGCGAAGACCGAGGAUGCAACUGCCGUUGUGAGCACACAGAAUGAUGCAGCACCUCCACCGGCUGCUGUCGUGGGCACACAGCACGAGGCAGCACCAGAAGCAGUUGUCGAUUCCUCGGUGAACCCCGAGAAUGACCCCUUCAAACUAGGUGAAGCCAAAAAGAUUGCAACCACAGCAGACACCAAUUCCCUUCCCCAGGAUGUGGCUACAUCACAUAGCAGUCCGACCACCUCAGUCGCGCCACUAGGAGAAGACCAGUAUCCGAUCAAUUUCUCAAAGACCCCGCCACUAGGAGAAGCCCAGUUCCCGAUCGAUUUCUCGCCGGAUCCCAAGACGAACGUCGUCGAAAAGGGCAAGAAGAUUGUAAACGUCGAUUCAAACGGUGCCUCAACUGACGCUGAAAAAUCCGCCCAGCAAGUGACCGGUGCUCAAACCACCGGAAACACCCCAGAAGAGCAAGUGACCGGCACUCAAACCACCCCGAAGACCGCAGAAGUGCAAGAGUCGAGCAGACCUUCCACUGCUGCUCAAACCGACAGAUUGGAAGAGAAGAGACCUCCCUCCAUCCAAGUAACCAACCUCAAUGGCGAAACCAAUUCACCUCCAACUGAGGUUACCACUCCACCUCCAACUGAGGUCAAAGCUGCAAAGACACCCACUGACACAGCCGCAAAGUCGACUGAGGUCCCCCAUGAAUCUAUCGCCCCUGAACAAGCCAAAGAACCCACGCGCUGGCAACGCCUCAAAGAUCGGAGUCACAAGGAAUAUCUCGAGGCCAGGGCACGACGCCAGAGGUUUACCGCCUGGUUCAGCGCAAAGUCCCAGAGCAUUAAGAAAUGGAUCAAGAAGAGAUUUUUCACCCAAAAGCCAGCGAAGGACCAACAAACUAAGCCCAAGAAAUCACUUUUGAGGAAGUAUUUGAAAAAACUACGCAAGUUCCUCGGACUCAACAGAAAAGCCAAAAAAGCUAACAAAGCAAAUGCCCAGGUUGCCCCCGAAGCGGCGCCUCAUGCAGCUUGA